AUCCAGACACACCGAGGGAGGGAAUCCAAACAUAAGGACUCCAGACUGACCCCCCCCCACUGGUUUCUGCAUCCUGAUAUCAACAUGAACUCUGCCCUGCGAUUCGUCCUCCUCCUGGUCAGCGUGGGCCUCUGUGCAUCGGCCGCUAUCAAGAACUGCCGCUGCAUCAAAAUGAGCAAAAGCGUGAACCCUGCUCUCAUCGUUCAGCUGAAGGAUUAUCCAGCCAGCUCCUUCUGCAGCCGGCAGCAAGUCAUUGUCACACUGAAGAAUAAGAGCCAGACCUGCCUGGACCCCAGAGAGUCUUUCACAAAACUCCUCCUGAAGACGCACAAACAGCAGCUGGCGGCGCGCGCUAAGCUGAGAGCCGCGAGCUCGUCUCCGUCCAGGGCGCCGGAAACGACGUCAGCCGUAGCGAUGACGUCAUAAGCCAGCGCCAGAAAGAAGAGUGUCGACACGCUGUGAAGUUUUAGUUCUCGGUUCUCGUGUUUUUUUUAGCUCCGAUGGAGCAAAAAGCCUCUAUUUGGAAUGAUACAUUCAGUAAAAAACGUCCCUUUUUUCAUGUUUUACCCGUCAAUGUGUCAGUUUAUACUAAAAUAUGUCUAUUUUUUAAUUUAAGUGACCAUCGCUUUCGUAAAACAGAUUAUUAAUGUAUUUUUUUUUAAUUGUUUUUUAUUUAGUCAACUUUUUUAUACAUUUAUAAACAUAUGUAUACAUAUAUAUGUAUAUAUGUUGGAGUGAAUACAGAAUAUGUUAAAUGUGAAUGUUGUGCCACUACUUGCCAUGAUGAAAAACAGAUGAAAACCUAUAAUAAAUGUGGAUAUAAAUUAUAUGGUGGUUGUUUAAGUGUAAUCUUUGCUCCUUUAAUGGUUUGAGAAUCGUUUCCCGCUUUUUUUCUGUGUGUAAAAUGUCAGGAAGCA